UAUCGGACAUGUAAAUGAAAGGAUUCUUAAACAGCUCCUUGCUUAGUCUUUUGUCCUCAUUUUGCCCAGGGUGAACUCGACUCUCAGGCACUAGGACCGUGCGGAAUCCAGGCUGCUAUGGCACCUCUGCUCACCGCCAGAAUCCAGUUGCUGCUUCUGCAGACGAUGGGCUUUCUCAUUGGCCUAAUAGGUAAAGCAGCUCGAGCCUUUGGCGGCCCCAAGUUUGGCUCCAUGACCACACCGCCUGUGGUUGAACCAUUACUACUGCUUUCGGGGGUGCAGCUGGCCAAGCUGAUCCGAUUGAGGAAGGUAAAAUGCAUAGAUGUUAUUCAGGCUUAUAUCAACAGAAUCGUGGAUGUCAACCCACUGAUAAAUGGAAUUGUCAAGUACAGGUUUGAGGAAGCUAAGAAGGAGGCUCAUGCUGUAGAUAAAAAACUUGCGGAGAAGCAGGAAGAUGAUGCCACCUUGGAAAAGAAAUGGCCUUUCCUUGGGGUUCCUUUGACAGUCAAAGAAGCUUUCCAGCUUGAAGGAAUGCCUAAUUCUUCUGGCCUUGUGAGCCGUCGUAAUGCCAUUUCCAAAACAGAUGCCACUGUAGUGGCAUUACUGAAGAAAGCUGGUGCCAUUCCUCUUGGCAUAACCAACUGUAGUGAGCUGUGCAUGUGGUAUGAAUCCAGUAACAAGAUCUAUGGCCGGUCCAAUAACCCAUAUGAUUUACGGCAUAUUGUAGGUGGAAGCUCUGGUGGUGAGGGCUGUACCCUGGCAGCUGCCUGCUCAGUGAUUGGUGUGGGCUCUGACAUUGGUGGCAGCAUUCGAAUGCCUGCAUUCUUCAAUGGCAUAUUUGGACACAAACCUUCACCAGGUGUGGUCUCCAACAAGGGUCAGUUUCCUAUGGCCAGGGGAGCCCAGGAGCUAUUUCAGUGCACUGGCCCGAUGUGCCGCUAUGCUGAAGACCUGGCCCCCAUGCUGAGGGUCAUGGCAGGACCUGGAAUCAAAAAAUUAAAACUAGAUGAAAAGGUACAUUUAAAGGACUUGAAAUUUUACUGGAUGGAACAUGAUGGUGGCUCAUUUUUAAUGUCCAAAGUAGACCAAGAUCUCAUUCUGGCUCAGAAAAAGGUUGUGACUCACCUGGGAAAUACGCUAGGAGCCUCCGUUCAACACGUUAAACUGAAGCAAAUGAAGUAUUCUUUUCAGUUAUGGGUCACAAUGAUGUCAGCAAGAGCAUAUGAUGGGAAGGAACCUCUGAAAUUUGUGGAUCUGCUUAGUGACCGUGGGAAGCCUAUCAACCCUCUGUGGGAAUUGGUCAAAUGGUGCCUGGGCCUAUCAGUGCACACCAUCCCUGCCAUUGGACUGGCCUUAUUGGAAGAAAAACUCAAAUACAGCAGCGAGAAAUACAGAAAGUUUACAGCAGUGAAAGAAAGCCUGCAUAAAGAAUUGGUGGAGAUGCUCGGUGAUGAUGGUGUCUUCUUAUACCCCUCCCAUCCCACAGUGGCUCCCAAGCAUCAUGUUCCUCUGACAAGGCCUUUCAACUUUGCUUACACAGGUGUCUUCAAUGCCCUGGGUUUGCCUGUGACCCAGUGCCCCUUGGGUCUGAAUGCCAAAGGACUUCCUCUAGGGAUCCAGGUCGUGGCUGGACCCUUUAAUGACCACCUGACCCUGGCUGUGGCCCAGUACUUGGAGAAAAGUUUUGGGGGCUGGGUGUGUCCUGGAAAGUUGUAGUAUGGCCUUCUCGUGGGUUGUGAGUGUGUGUGUGUUUCUAUAAGCUGGGUGACAUCAAGCACCAGCAAGCAGGUAAAGAAAACACAAUUGUAAAAUUAUCACUUGUUUAGUUAUUCUUUCCACUCUUCUUUCCUUCACUAACUGUUGGCUUUCAUAAAAUGGUAAUAUUUGAUUCCUGCCCUCAGUUUACUGGAGGAGAUAGGCAUGUAAAUGAAUGAGUGCAAUAAAGUUUUCUAUAUGCUGUGAUGGUGUCUUUUUUAGAUACAAUAAGGAGAUCGCAGAAGGACAUACUCAAUUUGAAUUAGAGAAUUGCAACCAACUUCACAGAGCAGGUGAUGCUGAAACUGAGAUUUGAAACCCAGUUAUGUGUUUGCCGGGUAGGCCGUGAAGUAAGGGAAUUCCACGUAGGAGCAUUGGUGACAAAGACAAGGCAUGACAGCUACACAGUGAAUUCAUGUCAGUGUAACUUAGUGUGAACAUUGAGGUGCUGGAGAGGAGUAUGGAAGCAGGUGAGACGCAACAAGAAACCCUCUUCCAGUAUUAUCAGCAAAAGUCUGUGUCGUAGGUCUGUCCACUAAGAGGGUCUAGAAAUCACUGCCAUCUUGGCACAAAUAAUCAAAUAGAGCACCCAGAUUGUCAUUUCCAAAUACGUCUUCCCAAUAAAAAGAACCAGAACUUCUUGGAGAAAAGCUGAUUCCAGGACUGAGAGAGGGAAACUGUAAGAUGAGCCUGGAAGAGAUUGCUGUGCUAGAAAGUUAUGAUGUACAGAAAGCUGAAGGAGAAUAUAUCAAAAUGGCACAGGAACAGUUUAAAGAGGCUCUCACUGGCCAAACGUGGGGCAAUUUGAAAAUCAACAUGAAUAACAGUGAUGGACUGUAACUCAAAUGGGAGUGGAGGUGCGGAAAAGUAGAUAUGGAUCUAGAUAUUGAGGUAGAAGUAGAUAUAUGUAAUAUAUAGUUUGAUAGUUGCAAAAUGACUUUCUAAUGCUUGUUAUGUAUAACAAUAAACAAUAUAUCACACAAUAGAGUUAUAUAUAAAGUUAUAUAUGUUUAUAUUUUAUAAAUACAUAAAGUUGUAUA